UUUAAAGCAUCGGACCAAGAUGCAGCUCUUCUAUUUCUUGGUCGUUGUGGCAGUUCUGGGCGCUGCCUAUGCCCAACCUGUUGGUGAGGAUGAGGGUACUGCUACACAACUGGAGGAUAUGGCCGAUUUGGGAGCUGACCAGCCACAGGAGGGAGAUGGAGCGAGACCUCGCCGCUGGCUCUGGGGAGGAUGGGGUGGUUGGGGAGGCAACGGUGGUUGGGGAGGCGGUUGGAACCGGCGAUGGGGUGGAGGAUACGGUGGAGGAUGGGGUGGAGGCUGGAGAGUCUCCUACCACCCCUGGAGCAGCAGUUCCAGCUACUGGUGGUAGUGCCUCUGUUAGACAGUCGCUUCCCAAAAAGCCGCAGCGUUAUUUUUAAUAAAACGAUUCCCACAGAC